AGCGAACGUUCACAACAAUCACCGCUGCGUCAAUAGUUGCAGAGAGCUCGGUCGUUUUUUGUGGGGCUAUUGUCAUCACCAGUAGAUUUUUGUUGUUUGUUACCAAGCUCGUAAUUUGUUUUUAUUGUCGAGCGCGCAUUUACGCAUUUUAGAAAUAUAUACACGUGCUGUGGUAUGUAUGCUGAACUUCUUUCGCGCCGUACGUAGCAAAUCGAGCUAAUCGGAGUUGCGUAUAAAACAUCUUACACGCGCCCGUUGCGUAUUCGCGUUGGCAAACUCAAGAGAGACACAGACCGUGGGCAUGGCCAACUCCGUGCUCUUCGGCCAGUGCGCUGCCUACGUACUGGCAAUGAUCUUCGCCUUCUUCGUGCUCGUGCCACUGGCACAGAACGGCAACGACUUCAAGGGUCGAUGUCUCCUCUACACGCAGGGCGCCUGGCAGCGUCCCAACCGCACGCAGCUUGCACGGCACCGGUUACCACCGCCACCGCCUCCGACGGUUUCUCUCAUCAUGCGGAAGAAAUCUGAAGACACCGAACCGACCGAGCAGCCGGAGCAAAACCAGCAGGAUCGUGAUGACUACGACGUGGAUUACUUUAUCGAUGGAGUGGCUGAGACUAAGGGAGGAGGAGGAGUGAGAUCCUUCGCUCGUGCACUCCCGCCCCUGACCUCCCUGGCCGAGUGGGUCACCGGUGAUGCGAGUUUCGUGGUGGCCAUGUGGGGAGCCCCUUCUGCCUGUCAGUUCGCGACGUUCACCGGGAUCGUGUCGCUCCUGCUCGCCGCCGUGCAGGCGUGGAGGACCAUCUUCUACCAAUGCAAGGGCCACGACGACACCCUCUUUGCGGCGUUUCUCAACCUGGUGGGCAGCGGCCUGGUGGCGAUGAUGACCUUCGUGGCAAGCACGGUGGUGAGCGUGGGUUUCAACGUCUGGUGCAACAGCAUCGCCAUUCCGGGCGGCAAGCCUGACAGCUGUGAGGAGGCUCAAGAAAUGAACCUCAAUAUGGAUGUCAUUACAACUUCCUUCUACACGCACUUCGGGGUAAUCCAGUUCGGGCUGUGGUGCGCGUGGCUCACGUGGGUGGCCCUGGCUGGUCUCGCCUUCGCCAAGGUCUACCGCAGCCACCGACAGAGCGACCUCCUGCACAGCCUGGCGCGCGAGAAGGAGCUUCUGAUGAACCGAGCGGUGACGAGAGGCGGCAGUGCAGGGCCCACCUCGGCCGAGCGACGCCCGGCGGCUCAGGCGGGUGACAAGCAACCCAGCGCGUUCAUCUGAGGAGCGCCGCCGUGGGGCGGAAACACGCGCAGCUCGCUUGCGCUUUGCUGCCCGCUAACGUUCCUAAAACGUGUGUGUCUGUGUGGAAUGAUGACGAUCAUGAUGAUGAUAAUCACUUAAUUCAUUCGAUAUAUUCGAGUCAUUAUAAAGCAAGGCUAUAAUGAGGGCAGCAUGUUUCAUGGAUGGAUGUAUUGUAGUCUGCCAGUGAGGGGGGCAAUGUUGAUAGUUUUACUAAAUUAGGCGAUUUGGUCAUUUUUAAAUGUGAACUACGUGUAUCGAUUCAUUGAUUAAAUUAAAUUAUUGCGCUCGUGAUGCAGGCAUCGAAUUGUGCGUUCAAGAAUCGAUAAUUGAUAAUUAAUUGAUAUUUGAUGAGAAUCGAUAAUCGUUCAAUUCGUCUACCAUGUGGUGGGUUCACGUGAUCCCUGCUAUGACGAGAGGCCUCUACAAUCGCCACAACCGAAAUAAAAAAUAUGAAUUGGCUGUGUCGAGUGGGGGAGGGUUUUACGACACAUUUUACUUACGUGAUGCGACCAAAAAUACUUUAUGAAUCAUCAUAUUGUGCAUAUUCUCUGGGGAGCACAAUAAUAUAAGGCUUUGAAAUAAGCCGAUUUGUUUGGUUUAGUAUGAUUUUUUUUGCAUCUUGUUUUCAAUUUUUUUUUACCGCUGCUUGCAUGUGAGCACAGCACAGUGCCGUAGGAUAACAGGUCAAAGCAGGCGUCCUACUAUCUGCUGUGAUAUGUAGUUUAGAAACGUGUUCGUUAGCAACAAAAACGUGGAACAGGAAGUAAAAAGCGUGUCUACCGUGGAGAAAUGUAUGCCUGUAAUUACAUUUAGAGAGACGGAUGAACACGUGGAUUCGUGAACAUACACAAGUUAUAUUGACAUGCAUUCAAACUGUCAAGGAAAGUGAGUGGGUUUUGGGCAGGAUGUGUUUUUAAGAGAGAUGAUGGCUGAUGAUCAAGAAUAUUAACAGAGUGGCACACAAGGAAUGGAAAAUAUCUGGGAGGAAGGACAUAUGCCAAGGUGGUUCGUCCGUUUGUUCGUUUCUCAAUCCGCUUAUCCUGGUGAGGGUCGCGGUGGCAGUAUGUUGAGUAGUGGCGGUCCAGACCUCCCUUUCCCUGUCGCCGGACUCCAGCUCUUCCUGGGGAAUUCCCAGGCGUUCCCAGGCCAGCCGAGUGACAUAGUCCCGCCAGAGUAUCCUGGACAUGCCCGGUAGAGUUCCAGGGGUAGCCUACCAGGGGAGGCAUCAUUACCAGGUGCCCGAAGCCGUUUUUAUUCAUAAAAAAACAUUGUGAGGACAGGAAUUAAACCUGGGUCACAGGGAUGCUUAAUUGCGAGCACUCACCACAUUAAGAAACAUGUCUUUAGAGUAUUUGGCUGACAUCAAUUUCCACGUGAUAAGCCACCUUGUUGAGCUAUCAUUAGUUCGCUUCUGCAAAGGGCUAUAAAGUUCAGUGGGCUUUACCUGGUAACCUAAAAUAAUAGUUGCGUUUAAAUAGUUUCGUUUAGUCACCGCAAGCGGUGUUUAAGUGUAUCAUCGUUCAUUCUCGUGUACGGCAGCAGUUGGGUUGUGGCACCUGAGCACGACCCGUAAAAUAAAAAUAAAAUACCAGUCGCAAAGUGCACUGCGGGAGUUGUGGUCCAUGGCGUGAAGCAACUUGUAGGCGCUGUUAGAACGAAGCCAAGCUAUGUACACUUCUUGCCGAGGAAUGUCAGCCCUGUCAUCCGUUCGGGGUGGCAAGCACAGCGUUAAAACUUCGCGUAAUUCGUUACGUCGUGCAAGCGUUUUAAAUGAAACUGGAAGAUAAAUGACACAGUCUUGGACUAUUUUAAAAAAGUGUGACAGCAUGAAGUAGACUAUGCAUGUGGCUGUAUUUUUUUUAAAAUAAUAUCGGAACACAUAAUCCUUUGCAGGGUCUCACACUACUAAUUGCAAUUCAACAACAUAACCCAACUGCUGUAUAAUGUUAGUUUGCAUUACAGUAGAAGCUGGAUAUGAGGGGCACAUUUUACAAGCUCAGUUCUAAUAUAAGCAAAACUGUCCUUUGCAUUGGUUGGGGGAGGUGAAGGAUAACUACUGAUACAAGCACUCUACUCCGGAUAUAAGCACGUGUGCUGGCUCCCAAGGGGAUGUGCUUAUAUCAAGCUACCACUGGAUGUCAUAAGUGUCUUAUUUUAAAAGUGUAACAUGUAUUGACUUUAUUUUACUCGUGAGGAUUGUCAGGCAGGCGAUAACUUUCCUGCCUGUUACUGAAAUACAGACAUAUAUUUUAAUGGCCAAAAUUAGCAUUUCCUCUUUUUAAGCCCUGUUACCAAGUAUUGUGCUUAUGACAUAAUUACGUUGUGAGAUGUACCUACGUGGCUAUGUACUUGUCGUGAUUUAGCACGACACUUAAUAGUUUGACAGUAUUACAAUUAUUUUCAUCGCUCAUAUUACUGUAUCAAAUUAUACACCUUAAACUCGCAAAGUGCAGCGCCGUCUCGCUUUCGACUUGCCAAGUGUCAGCUUCUUUAGGUUUUUAAGGCUAACGAUUCAAAAUCACCGCAUGCUAUGAGCAUUAAGUUCGCCUUUUAGUAGCCAUCGUUCAUGACUCCGUCUUCGUUUGGAAUGCAAUGAGCGUCACUGUCAAGC